AUUAAGGCGGAGCUUGUCCCACCUGACUACGUCUCAAUAUGGCGGCGCCCAUUCCAGUCAGCAAUGUUUAUACCUUUCGGGAUGUUCGGGCGGUUCCGGACCCGGUUCACAGCCCCGUCUCAGAAGGACCGGCUGUAUUGGUUUUGGAUAAUGGUUCCUUCCAGCUGCGAGCGGGUUGGGCCGGGGUCGGGCCGGCGUUACAGCUCCGCUCGGUGGUGACUCGGAGCCGUGGAGGUCCCCGCAGCUUAAGUCGGGUGGGAAAUGAUAUUCCUAGCCUAGAGCCGCUCCGCUGGCUUUUACGGACUCCUUUCGACCGUAACGUGCCGGUGAAUUUGGAGCUGCAGGAGCUGCUGUGUGAUCACGUGUUCCAGAAGUUAGGCGUCACGACUGAGGGUUGUGUGGAUUAUCCUAUUGUAUUCACAGAGGCACCAUGCACUCCUCUUCACGUGAGGCAGAUGGUGUCCGAACUCCUCUUUGAGUGUUACAGGGUGCCCAAAGUGUCUUUUGGAAUCGAUGGCUUGUACAGUUUCUAUGACAACAACAAGGACCUGUCACCAGCCAGUGGGCUUGUAGUGUCCUCAGGCUAUCAUUGCACUCACAUACUGCCUGUACUGAGAGGGAGGUUGGAUGCCAAGAAUUGUAAAAGGAUUAAUAUUGGAGGAUAUCAUUCGGUUACCUACCUCCAGCGCCUGCUUCAGUUAAAGUACCCAGGACAUCUGUCUGCCAUCACUCUGAGCCGCAUGGAAGAGAUCCUGCACGAUCACUGCUAUGUGCCAGAGGAUUACAUGGAUGAGCUCAGGAAGUGGCGAUGCCCUAAUUACUAUGAAGAAAACGUGCAUAAAAUGCAGCUGCCGUUUUCCGCCAAGCUGCUCACUAAUGUCAUUCCCUCCGAGGAGAAGCAGGAACGCAGGCAGCAGCAACUGAAGCGCCUGCAAGAGUUGAACACACGCCGCCGGGAAGAAAAGCUACAGCAAGACCAGGAACGGCUAGAGAGGCUACUGUAUGUGCAGGAGCUUCUGGAAGACGGGCAGGUGGAGCAGUUCCAUAAGGCUCUGGUGGAGCUGAACAUGGACUCCGCAGAGGAGCUCCAGUCUUACAUACACAAGCUAGGCAUUGCCAUUGAACAGGGAAGGCAGCGAGUACUGGGGGAUGCAUUGGACAGUAAACCACAGACACCAGAACCACCAGGAGGGGAACAGGACGAGAUGGAGGGGAUCUCUGAGUUGGAACCUGCCUAUAAUGAGGACCAGAUGGAGACCGAGAAAGCAGCCCCUGCUGUUCAGAAUAUGUUUAAUAUGGCAGAGUACCACCAGAUGUAUUUGGGCACAGAGAGAAUCCGCGUCCCAGAAAUUUUGUUCCAGCCAUCAUUGAUGGGAGAAGACCAGGCCGGCCUGGCUGAAACGAUGCAGUAUAUAUUGGAUAGGUAUCCCCACGAAGUGCAGCAAGAGCUGGUGCAAAAUGUGUUCCUGACAGGGGGCAAUGUUAUGUAUCCUGGGAUAAAGGGCAGGAUGGAGAAAGAGCUGCUGCAGAUGAGACCAUUUGGCUCCAGUUUUCAGGUUUCCUUGGCUUCUCGUCCUGUUCUGGGCGCCUGGCAUGGUGCAUCAGGUUGGGCCCUGCAGAAUGUAGACUGUGAAGAGGGAUGGGUCAGCCGCAAGGAAUAUGAGGAGAUGGGGGGAGAGUACUUGAAGGAACACAAGGCUUCCAAUUGUUCCACUGCAAUUCAGCUGCCCAAGCCUGCUUCCAGGAGCGCACCACCCCUCAACCAAGAGACCGAGAGCAAUGCACUUGCCACUGGUCCUGUACAACCCUGAAAUUGUGUACUAUAUCAUAUACAGGUUCACUGCUAGCACUGGAGAGGGCAGCCGAUAGGAUGGGGUUGGCCCAUAAACUGCUGAGGGUCAUGUGUUUUGUAAAAUCAGGCACUAUAUCUGGAGAGUGACCGCAAAGAGGCUAGUGGUAAAUAUUCAGAUAGGUCUACUUGGCCUUGUGAUUAGGUCACUUCCUGAAUCUGCCGAGGUUCUCAACAUGACUUUGCAUGUGGUGGCUAGAACAGAGUGAAGUAGCCAACAAGCUGUCCCAAACUAGCCACCUCUGCUAAAGGGGCCUGUGUAGUGUAUCCUGACAUCUAUUGAUGUUUCAUAGUCCACAGUAACAGAAAUGAUCCCCAAGUUGUACUGCCGGUCACACGUCUAAAUUAAGAUCUAUUUUCCUUUGUAUAUUUUGUAUUUUUGUUAAUAAAACAAAAGAAAGACCAAAUGUAA